CUAAAAUGUCGAUAAUUAGUUUAAGUUUCUUUUACAUUUCAUAACUACUACAUAUUAUUCGGUAUCACACAUUACUACCCGCUCUGUUUUCCGUUGUCAUUUUAUCGUUGUUCGCUAUUGUUUCGUAUUUAAUAAAUUUUAUUGUUAUAACCUAAUAGAAAUUAAAAAAAAAAACGUUCAAAAUGGUUAAAGUUAUUUUGAGUUUGGUGCUAAUAUUUUCAGUUUUGUUGGGAUUUAUUAGCAGUUUGCCUUUAGAGAAGAAAAAUAGAGUACAACGAUCAGCACGAAGCUAUUGCAACUGUGAAUGUGGGAUGGUUAAAAGACAGAGUCGGGUAGUAGGAGGAAACAUAACAAAAACGCAUGAAUUUCCAUGGAUGGCGGGUCUUAGCCAUGGUGGGGAAUAUCACUGUGGUGCCGCACUAAUUACUAAGAAACAUGUCAUCACUGCGGCACAUUGUGUAAAUGGGUUUGCCAGAAAAGAUCUUUUAGUUACCUUAGGAGAUCACGAUAGAAAAUCAUCAAAUCGACUGAGUCAUAUCGAAGUACGAGGAGUACGCUCAGUAAGAAAGCAUGAACAUUUUGAUGUUGGUAGCUACAAUAAUGAUAUAGCUAUUUUGGAAAUGGAUGCUCCAAUCAACUUUGAUGAUAAUGUUUACCCAGUAUGCCUGCCCAGUUAUGAAAACAAUGAUUUUACUGGUCGAUUAGGAGUAGUAGCUGGUUGGGGUAAAACAACAGAAAAUGGCAUUUCAUCUGAUAUCCUUCGGAAAAUAGCUGUGCCAAUAUGGAGCAGCGAAGACUGCCAUAAUUCUGGAUAUGGAGAGGAUAAAAUUUCUGGAAAUAUGUUCUGUGCUGGAUUUUUAGAAGGACUAGUAGAUUCAUGCCAGGGUGAUAGUGGCGGACCCCUUCAAAUCAGCAAUAUGUUUGGUGAUAUGGAACUCGCAGGUGUUGUAUCAUGGGGCCGAGGUUGCGGCCGCCCAAAUUUGCCCGGAGUCUACACGAAAGUCGCUAACUAUCUACACUGGAUCGAAGAACACAUGGAAGGGGAAUGUGCUUGCCAAAAGUCUUUUACAAAGUACUUUUAAUACGGUAAACUGUAACUUAAAAUUUUAGAACGUAACACCGAACCAGCAUAAAUUAUUAUUUAUGUAUUAUCUAGUCAACUUUUGUGCUAAUAAUGCUUUUUUAGCACAAAAUUAAGUAAAAACUUAUAAUUUUUUUUCUGUGAAAAACUUAAUAAGGCUAAAUUAAUAAAACAAAUACAAAUUAUAAUUAGGAGGAGCAUCCGAAACAAAAAAAAUUAUCUUUAUAGUAGGAAAUACAAAGUAAUAAUUCUUA